UGUCUGGCUGUCGUGGCGCUAGCGUCCAUGUCUAACUACAAGGUGACUUAACCAGACGCUGCGUGUAGAGGUGCAUUCCACAUCCCCUCUACCGACAAUGCCCCGCCCGAUACAACUUGAAACACGAAGAAACGCUUCGCUGCAUUCCCUCGAAUUGCCUCGAAUGAAAUCCGUUAAAGGAUCGGCGCGACCCUUUGUUUACUCGGUGAAAUUUUGCCCAAACGGUCCUCCUCUUUUUUCUACAUACCCAAAAGGUGAAGAAAUAUACAGUGUUGCCGUUCCGUAGCAAGCGACCCCUCUGACGCGCAAAUAUAGAAAAUGUGUGGGCGAUGGAUGUAAUUAAACGUGACACAUUACUCUCUCGCGGAUCAUUUCCGACAGGCGGCAGGCCACGCCUCUGCCAUUUGAUCUUGUACUCGUCAAAUGAGUGGAAAUGCCGGGAUCGUAUUGUCUAUUUAUGAAAAAUAAUGUGGAAGAAGGACUGUUUGAUAGAAAAAUGUGUCAAAACGUUGGCUACGAUCGAAGGUUUUAAUGGUUACGUUAUAACAACGAUGGGCCCCGACGUGUCACAUUUUCUUCAAAUUCUGAAUAAAAAGUCUAAAAAGUAGAGUCUAAAAUUUCUAAAAUGUCAAUUCUAGACGAGCGCAAGGAGUACCUUAACAAUCCGUUCUUUGAGAAGCACGAGUAUGGAGAUUUUACACCCUUCUACAUAACUAUCACGAUCUGUUCGGUCAUUGGAGGAUUCCUCUUCAUUUUGAACGUUGCGUUUUGUUGGUGUUCAAGACACAGAGAGUACUGGCAGGAUCGGCAUACGGGUAAUAGGUGGAUUCAGUCGAUGUGGACCGUUACACCACAUAAAAAUCCACCCCUUGAUUUAUCAGAACUAGAAUCUGGCAUAGCUACGUUUUCUCAAACGCAUCACGAAGUAGUGCAAUAUCAACAACCGGAAUCCCAACCUGGUACACCACAGCCCCGAGAAUAUAUGGAACUUCAAAAACGAGAAAGCGAGAUUUGAUCGCUCUAUCUGAAAAAUUUUAAUUCCCAUU